AUGGAUUAGAAUAAUAGUUUAUAACCUGGUUUGAUUAUUGAUCAAAGAUUCAAAUUGUUGAAGAAAAUCGGUUGUGGAAGUUUCGGAAUAGUUUAUUUAACAUUUGAUUUGGAUGAGAAAGAAUAUUGUGCCACUAAAUUUGAAAAUCGCAAUUUGCAAUUGAGAAUGAUGAAUAGGGAAAUUUUAAUAUUGAAACAAAUGAAAGGAAUAAAUGGUUUUCCAGAAUUAAUUCAUAAUGGAAAAGAUCGAUAAUACUCAUAUUAUAUGAGUACAUUAUUGGGAGAGAAUCUUGAGGUAUUGUUAAAGAAAUGCGGAGGUAAGUUUUCCCUGUAAACCACAUUGUAAUUGGCAAUCCAACUCAUAGAUCGCUUGGAAGUAUUUCAUAGCAUGAAUUUCAUACAUCGAGACAUCAAGCCUGAAAACUUUCUGAUUUCUAGAGAAGAUACCUCCUUAGUGUAUUUAAUUGACUUUGGUUUAUCGAAAUAUUAUAGAGCGGCAGAUGGAAGACACAUCGAAUUUUCUUAGAAAACAGGAGUUAUAGGAACAGCCCGUUAUGCGAGCAUUAAUACGUUGCAAUGGAUGGAACAAUCAAGGAGAGAUGAUUUGGAAAGUUUAGGUUACAUGUUAAUUUACUUUGUUAAAGGAGAGUUACCAUGGUCUAAUGUCAAGGCUAUCGACAAAGAAGAUAAGUACGAUCAAAUACUUUAAGUUAAAAUGGGAAUUCCACUCAUUUCACUUUGUUUCAAUUUACCAAAAUGUUUUAUUCAUUACUUCUAGCAUGUGAAAUCAUUAUUGUUUCAGCAAUAGCCCAAUUAUUCUCAUUUGAGAAAUCUAUUUGAAAAAUAACUCUAAGAUUAUGAACAUCAAUUUUAUGAUUGGGAAAUAAAAUAGAUGGAAAUGCAAACACAAGAUCUCCUAAUUGAUCCUGAUUCCAUUCCAAACAUUAGAUUAUAAACUGAAAUCGACUUAGUUCCUCCGGUCGAUGAGGAAGGAGAAGUUUUCCAUUUAAAAUAAGAGAAUCAACACAAUGUUAAGUUCAUGAAAUAAUUACAUGAAAAAUACUUUGAUCAUAAUACAUGCAAAUAAUAGGAUGAACUCUAAUUGUAUAAAAACACAUCUAUUGAACCUAAGAGUUAAGCUACAAGCAAAUAAAAUAAUUAUUAAAUUAGCAAUCACACUUUAAUUCAAGUUGAAUCCUAACCUCAAAUUCAUAACAAUCCUAACUAGUUCACUAAAAGAAAAGAUUCGAAAUCUUACACCUCCUUUAAACAAAGUUAAGAACACAAAGAAAAUAGAAAAUUUCGACAAUCUAAUGAUGAUUACGAUUUGGAUAUGGCUAAUGAUGAUGGGCCUAACCUAGACUUAAAAAAUCUCGAAGUCAAUUACUUUUUAAAAUGA